AAGAUGGUACUCUCAAAACAGUUAGAAAAAAAAGUAGUGAAGGGGUCCGGUAUAUAAUACUCCAUGCAGGAUCAGAAGAUGGAUUUGUACCACACGCAAGUCUAAUUUUUAAAUCUGGUAGCAAGUCCGGAGACUAUCAUGACUCCAUGAAUUGCCUUAACUUUGAGAAGUGGUUUGAACAACAAUUGCUCCCGAACUUGGAUAAACCUUCUCUUAUAAUUAUGGACAACGCUUCUUACCAUUCAGGAUUGGUAGAAAAAAGUCCAAAUCAAUGCUGGACAAAAAUGUCACUUAUAGAGUGGCUAACAUCACGAGACAUUACAUUUGCACCAACAAUGAUGCAAGAUCAGAUCUGGGAAGUAGUGAAAAAUCAUAUACCACCAAAACUAUUUAGAUUGGACGAACUGGCAUUACAACAUGGUCAUCGUGUUUUGAGACUUCCUCCAUAUCACUGCGAGUAUAAUCCAAUCGAAAUGGUAUGGUCAGAAUGCAAACGGCAUUACGAUGCAAGGAUCGGUUCAAUUCAGCCUGUCACACACAGUGCCGUUUUGUCUUUAUGGAAUGAGGCACUGCACAAAGUUACACCGGAAAAAUGGAAAAGAUAUUUUGAUCAUACAAGAGGCAUUAUAAACCAGGCCUGGGAACGGGAACAACAUAUUGAUACAUCAGACAUCUUACCGGUGAUUAUCAACUUGGACGAAUCUGAUAGUGACGAAGAUUAUUAUGAUGAUUACAUUCAUGAGGCAGAAGAGAAUGAGCGUGUUUAAGAAUAUUAUUUUUGGGCCGUUUAUACAUAUAUACCUACUUGUGAUGUAGUGUCGUUUUUUCUUUUGUACAUACGAUUUGAAUAUGAACAUUUGAGAGUUUUUUCAGGAAUAAAUAU